UGCCUGGAUCCUGCCCUGCCCUGGUCUCUUCUCCUCAGAGCAUCUCUAGUCCUUCCCUUCCUGCCCCAUCCCAGCUGAGAAGAGGACCUAUGGCCUGGGAGGCCACAUGCCUGCUAUCCCCCAUCCUGCUGGUGCUCCUGGCCUCAGGCUCCUGGGCACAGGACACAGUGUUUCUUCAAAGAGCAGAGGGCAAGACCAUUGUGGUGAGAUGCCAGUAUGGUCCCAGUCAGCGCUUCAAGGAGAAGUUCUUCAAUGUCACCAUGACUGCACUCACGGUGAGAGACUCGGGUCUCUAUUUCUGUGGGAUCGCUGAAAAUCUCAAAAGAAUUUCUAUUCUCAGAAACAUCCACCUGGAGGUGUCAAAAGCUCCAACCCCAUCCACGGCCUCCUGGAGGACAACAGCCCUGGCCUCUGCCACCAGCCCCGUCACUGGCAGCCCUCCAGAUAACUGGAUAUGGAAGGUCAUCAUUGCUGUUGUGGUAGUGGCCAUCCUGCUACUGCUCGGACUUGUGGUCCUUGUCAUCCUGUACCUCAGGAAUGCUCGACGAAGAGCCCAGAAAGUUGAGAACGAAUGUCACCAUAUUUAUGAAGACUUUCCAGGCCAGCAGGAGGAAACCACGGCCUUCAGUCAGCAGACCCUCUGCAGUGAGGACACUGAGAUCAUCUGCUAUGCUUCCCUCAUCCACCUCAACCACGUGAGCCCUCAGGACUCCGUCUCCAGCAACACCCAGCCCUACCCGAAGCCCUCGCCUGACCCCCUUCUGUCUGUGGAAUAUGCUAGCAUCUCUAGAAACAGACUCCAGGCUUCCAAGGCCCCAAGAGGUGGAGACCAGGAACUGAGGCUGAGCGCACAGGGCAGGGCAUGCAGAUUGUGCAAGUUCCCCAGGAACUCCAAGUCAGCAGGGGACGUCUGCCCAAGCCCCAGCUCCUCCCCACACCAGCCUGUUUCUAAAACCAUCCUGCUCGGGGACUCUGGUGGCCCUGCCAGGAAGAAUACCAAGAUGCGGGCAGUGCCCAUCAUUGAUCUGUCUUCUGAGGCAUUUCCAACCACAGCGGAACCAGGGAGCUUCCUUCCCACAGCCAGCCGCACGUCUCCGUCAGAGCGCAUCCGGGCUCCUCUGCCUUCUAGAGGACCGCCAUUCUCUCUGCUAACUGUGUCUAACUACACCUUCUAG